GUGAAGAUGGCCUCCUCCAUGGGUGGGAUGUUUCCCGGUCAGCAGCCGCCAACUGCACAUCCCGUCGGUGGUCCCGGUGGACCGGGCCAGCCGGGUUUCCCCGGUACCGCGGCCAGGAGCCCGGGGAGCAACACGCUGGUGGAUGAACUGGAGGCUUCCUUCGAGGCAUGUUUUGCAUCUCUGGUAAGCCAAGACUACGUUAACGGGACCGACCAGGAAGAGAUUCGAACUGGUGUGGACCAGUGCAUACAAAAGUUCCUGGACGUUGCUCGACAGACAGAGUGCUUCUUCUUACAGAAAAGACUUCAGUUAUCUGUGCAGAAACCAGAACAGGUGGUAAAAGAGGAUGUGUCAGAGUUACGUAACGAGCUACAGAGGAAGGAAAUGCUGGUUCAGAAGCACUUAACCAAACUGCACCACUGGCAACAAGUGCUGGAGGAUGUGAGCAUUCAGCAACGCAAACCUACAGACCUACCUCCUCCUGGACCGCUGGCCUUUCUGGAGCAGGCCUCGGCCAGUUUGCCCCCCGCCCCUUUAAAACCAAAUUAACACAUUAAAGGUACAGUCACAUUAAUCUUCUGUUAAGCAGAGUGAUCACAAACUGGAAACAGUAUGUGGGAGAAGUGUAGUGGUUUGUAGUCAGUUAAUAUUUCAAGAUAUUAUAUUUCUACAUCGAACGCAGCUCAACUCUGACUUGCAAGUCUGCUGCAGCUGGCUGGAGAUCACACACGCUCAAAUUCAUCAGUCACACAGGCUUUAACUGAAGUGAUGGAGUGAAUAUUCACAGGAUGGAAGUUUAAUGUGACUUUACCUAAACACUAUGUCAUGAACUGGACAACAGUU